AUGGGUAAAAAAGUAAAGAAGGAAGUAGAGCCUCCACCCAAGGAUGUGUUUGAUCCUUUAUGGAUUGAAAGCAAAACAGCAGCAACGGUUGUGCUAAUGCUUGGUUCUCCUGAGGAGGAAGUUUUGGCCAAAGCAUGUGAUGCUCUGUAUAAAUUUGCAUCAAAAGGUGAUGAAAACAAAGUGACACUUCUUGGUCUUGGAGCAGUGGAACAUCUCUAUAAACUCAUCUCACACGAAGAUCCAAUUGUACGCAGAAAUGCCAUCAUGGUAUUUGGCAUCAUGGCUUCUAAUCAUGAUGUCAAGAAGUUACUGAGGGAACUGGAUGUCACAAAUUCACUUCUAUCACAGCUGGCGCCAGAAGAAGAUGUAGUUAUCCAUGAAUUUGCUACUCUGUGUCUAGCACACAUGGCGGUUGAAUAUACUACUAAAGUACAAAUAUUUGAGCAAGGUGGAUUAGAACCGCUUGUCAGACUGCUAGGUAGCCCUGAUCCUGAUGUUCAGAAGAAUUCAGUUGAAUGUAUCUACCUCCUGGUGCAGGAUUUUCAAAGCCGUGCUGCAGUUCGUGCACUGAAUGCAAUUCCACCCUUGCUGGAACUACUGAGAUCUGAAUACCCAGUUAUUCAGUUGUUAGCCCUUAAAACCUUAGAAGUAAUUAGCAAAGACAGAGAAACCAGGAUAAUACUGGGAGAGAAUAAAGGAUUAGAUUGUCUUCUGAAGAUACUGGAAACCGAUGAAUUCAGCGAUCUACAUGUGGAAGCUCUUGCCGUGUUGGGAAAUUGUCUGGAAGAUGUGCAUACUCUGCAACUGAUUCAGCAGACAGGAGGCCUUAAAAAGCUACUUUCAUUUGUAAGAGUCUCUACUGUUCCCGAUAUUCAGGAGAAUGCAGCAAAGGCAAUUACCAAAGCAGCUUAUGACUCUGAAAACAGAAAAAUCUUAAAUGAGGAAGAGGUUGAGAAGUGUCUCAUAAACCUUUUGGAAACUGAUAAUGAUGGAGUUAAAGUUGCUGCUUCCCAAGCAAUUUCUGCCAUGUGUGAGAAUUUAGCUAGCAAACGUGCAUUUGGACUUCAGGGGAUUCCCCAGCUAGUACAGUUGCUAAGCAGUGACAAUGAAGAGGUAAAAGAAGCUGCAGUGACAGCAUUAGCUAAUUUGACAGCAGCCAGUCCUAGUAAUGCAAGCGCUGUUGCUGAGGCUGAAGGAAUUGAGCCAUUAGUAAAUACCUUGAACGCUCAGAGAGAUGGAGCCAUUGCUAAUGCUGCCACAGUGCUAACAAAUCUGGCCAUGCAAGAGCCAUUCCGUGUAAAAAUCCAGAACUGUGGUAUUAUGAGUGCGCUUGCAGAACCGUUGCGCUCGACCGACAGCCAAGUGCAAAGCAAAGCAGCAUUGGCUGUGGCUGCAUUUGGUUGUGAUGCAGAUGCAAGAACUGAGUUAAGAAAUGCAGGUGGACUGGGACCACUCAUUGAAUUGCUGCAUACUAAGAAUAAAGAAGUCAGAAGAAAUGCCUGUUGGGCUGUUAUGGUCUGCGCAAGUGAUGAACUAACCGCCAUUGAACUAUGCAGGCUAGGUGCUUUAGACAUCCUAGAAGAAAUUAAUCUGUCACCAGGACGCAAAAAUAACUUCAGUGAGGCUGCUCUGGAAAAGCUACUUGAUAACAAUCUUUCCCAAAAGUACAGCCAGAUGGGAUAUUUAUCAUCAAGUAACAUCAUUACUGAUGGAUUCUAUGAUUGUGGUCAGAUAAAACCUGGCGUGAAAUUUUCAUCUUUGGAGGAAUUGAGUAUGCAAGAGCUUACUGACCGUCGGGCCAUAAUCUUCAUUAAUGCUAAACCACGAGAAGAUGUCCUUGCAGUAGAAGAAAAGGCACAAGAUUCAUCUUAUGAGCAGACUGUCUUGUCACCUUCUCUUUCAAGAAAAAGUAGUAGAGAAAAAGCAAGAAAAGGGAAGGGGAAAAAAGAAGAGGACAAAAUGAAAGAAGUUACUCAGAUUAUAUCUAAAGUCCAGGAUGAAAUAAAUCUAGAAAAUCUACAUUGGAUACCACCACCUGACUUCAUUUUACUGGAUUACAUUAAUGAUGCUUCUAAAACAAUUCCAGCACUAACUACUACCCGGGAACAGGUUGUGGCUCUUGCACAGUUUGUUGCAGACAAGAUGGGUGGCCCCAUUGAAAGAGACAAACUACAUGACUUCAGCUGGGAACUUCACAUAAGUGAAAUAGAAUUUGAACUGAAAUGCAACGUUGUGCCUAUCGGGAAAGUCAAAAAAGGGACGUUCUAUCACAGGGCUUUACUUUUCAAGGUGAUAGCAGACAGAAUUGGCGUUGGCUGUAGUUUAGUUCGCGGCGAGUAUAACAGAGCUUGGAAUGAAGUUAAAUUGGUUGAUGAUUCCCCUCAAGGAAUAGCUGGGCUUCUGCUUCCUCCUCAGGAGUAUAUUCAGUACUCUAGACAUCAGAAUGAAAAAGAACUCUGGAGACAAAAUACAGGAUAUACUGUCAGAACUGAGUGGAAGGUGAGGAUGUGUUUCUUAUCAUUGCUAUGUAGCAGGUAG